AUGGCACAAGAAAUUGUGCUAACCCGGUUCCAGCCCUAUAGGGUUCCCAAUCUCUUUCAAUGGUCCAAUGAUGGUGACAUUGCCAUAAUAAACAACAACAAUAAUGUUGUUGUUUUAGAAAGCACCCCUGUUUCUCUCAAUCCAGACAUCCACAAAAUUCAUGCACUUACAGAUCUCCUGGUGUUGAAAAGAAAUGUCCUCAAUCCCUCUCCACUUCUUUACCUUCAACGACAUCAGACGUACGAUGAUGACGUGAAUAUCACCGAUACGGUCAUGGAGCCUCAACCGGUGUCCAUUCGAUGGUCUUCAAAAGGGUUCUCCAAAGACCAGAGAUCCCAGUUGGCAGUAUUGUACAACAACCUCCAAUUGUACAUUUUUGAAACUGGUAACUGGAAUUGUUCGUUACAUGUCAACUCAGCGAUUCACCAGUUGGACUUGGAGCAUGUCACGCGGCUCCCAGAUAUUCAAAGAAGUAGGAUUACCGGUUUCUCCUGGGCGCCUCUGGUCGAUGAUGUGAGGCUUGAUGAUCACCAUUUCAUGGCAAUUUCUAAUGGAAAGGGUGAAAUUAAGCUAUUUGAAUUAUUUUCUGACAAAAUUGAUGUUAAAAUAACAAUAGAGCUGCCAUCAGUUGCCGGCACAUUGGAAUGGUCACCUUGGAUCCAGAGUCAGGGUAGAUUGGUCAGUUAUUUGACAGCCAUUACUAGAGACAAUUCCAUUCAUGUGAUCAAAGUAUGCUUGGAAACUGAUGGCCGCCUUAUCUCUGAUGGCCAGUUAAAACAAAUUUCCAAGAAAUACAGAGGAUUACAUGCUAAUAGUAAAUGGUAUAAUUGGGAUGGAAAGCUAACAUUUUUCAUUGUUUUCACUAAAUCUUUGAAAGCGUUCGUUUUUGAUUCUGACCAAAUUUCUCAUUUUGAGUUAGAUCUUCAGUCUCCUUUGUUUUUCCAUGACUUUGAGCUAUAUCGCAUGGACGGCUUAUUAAAAUUAAUACUCGUUGAAUCUUCUGGUGACUACAUUAGAACUGAAUUUUCCCCCGCGGAAGGUUUUGCAAAUUUCGAACAUCUUAAUUUUAUGAUCAAUGAGCCGACAGCCGAGGACCCUCUUUACAAACAAUUGUAUAAAAUUCAGAAAAUGUUAGUUCAGUCGGCGGAUCCUCAAAAAUUGCUUAUAGCUGGCAUAUCUAUGGAUCCCACUAGUAAUGUUUUUGGAAUACUGUACACCAAGCAUAAACUGGCAUCGCCAGUUUUUGCCAAAAGCUUGGCCUACUGGAAAGUAUACUUCAAUAUUGUUCCUUUGAGGAGUGUCAAAACUAUGGAGCUUGGUAAACUAGUGGACUAUUUUUCAGGAUCGGUCAUUAAUGAACUGUUACCUCUCCAAUAUUCUGGUUCUUUGAUUACACAGAUAAUAUCAAUGUACUCAUUGAGAAACAAGAACCUUUACAAAGAGUUUGAAUCAAGAAUCCAAAACUUAACUCCCUUUCUCAAAAAUAAGUCAAAUGACAAAUCUUUGACUACGUUUUCUCAACAUUUAAGAUACCAUCUGUUCAAAGAUACAUAUGUUCAAUCCCUGAGAUUUCUGAACUGGUUUAAAAUGGACAAGAAUAACGAAUUGAUUCAAAUUGCAGCUAGGUUGAUUAUAACUUUCAUUACAGACAACAAAAUAACGCUAUCCAAUCCUGUUGAUGAAUUCAUCUUACAAUCGUUCAACUUAAUCUCAGGUUUGAAUCUGCUCCCUCAAAAAGACAAUGUUGUUUUGCACAACUUUCAGCACAAUAUAGAUGAGUCAUUUGAUUUUACAAACCAUACUUCUUGCUCCUCUUUAUAUUCUAUCACUUCGAAAGAAGGACACGUUUGGAGUCGUUGCGCCAUUACAUUAUUACCCAUCUUGAGCACCAACAUAAUCAAAGAUCCUAUUAGUGGACUGGUUGCUUUGAAUGAUUUUUCAGAUUAUAUUCAAAGUGAACAUCAAUGUAUACUAGUUCCCAUUCUGCAGCAGGUUUGCAGUGUGAGUUUAUUUACAGGCGGGACUUUUGUUAGUUAG